AUGAUCCUCCGUGGCAUGACAUUAUUGACCCUCUUUCUGUGUGCGCAAUCCGCGGCCCCACCAUUCUCUUGCGACUCGAGCAAACUCCCGUUGUGCGACGCACGGCUGCCGAUUGGGGCCCGAGUGAAGGACUUGGUUUCCCGGCUGAGCCUCGACGAGAAGAUACAGCAGCUAGUGAACACGGCGGCGUCUAUCCCGCGGCUGAACAUCUCCGCGUACGAGUGGUGGUCGGAGGCCCUGCAUGGGAUUUCCCGCCACGGAAAGGGAAUUAAUUUCGGCGCCGGCCCCGUGAAGUCCGCCACCAUGUUCCCGCAGGUCAUUCUCACCGCCGCCUCAUUUGAUGCCAAUCUCUGGUAUCGUGUGGCUCAGGCUAUUGGAGAAGAGGGCCGAGCCGUGUACAAUGCAGGACAGGCAAAGGGGCUAACAUUUUGGGCGCCAAACAUAAACAUAUUUAGGGACCCCAGAUGGGGUAGAGGUCAAGAGACACCUGGCGAGGACCCAUUGGUUGCCGGAAAGUACUCAGUGGCUUACGUUAGGGGAAUUCAAGGGGACAGUUUUGAAGGAGGAGAGCUUAAGGAUGGUCGGCUCAAAGCCUCCGCUUGUUGCAAACACUACACUGCCCAUGAUUUAGACAAUUGGAAAGGGGUCACUCGUUACGUCUUUGAUGCCAAAGUAAGCAAGCAAGAUUUAGCGGAUACGUAUCAGCCGCCAUUUAGGGCAUGUGUGGAAGAAGGGCGGGCGAGUGGCAUAAUGUGCGCAUACAACCGUGUGAAUGGGGUGCCGAGUUGUGCGGAUUACAAUCUACUCACUGAGACUGCUCGAAAACAGUGGGGUUUUCAAGGGUACAUUGUCUCGGACUGCGAUGCCGUUGCAGUCAUACAUGACCAGCAAGGGUAUGCUAAACAGCCUGAAGAUGCAGUUGCAGAUGUUCUUCAAGCUGGCAUGGACAUUGACUGUGGCAGCUACCUUUUGAAACACACAAAUUCAGCUGUGGCCCGUAACAAAACCCUUGAACAACACAUCGACCGGGCCCUCACCAACCUCUUCUCCAUCCGAAUCAGACUCGGGCUUUUCAACGGCGACCCAUCAAAACUCGAAUACGGCAAAAUCAGCCCGGCCCAAAUCUGCAGCAAAGCCCACCUCGACCUGGCCCUGGAAGCCGCCCAAUCCGGCAUAGUCCUCCUCAAAAACGACGCAAAACUCCUCCCUUUCCAAAAGGCCCAUCAAAACGCAUCAAUUGCCGUCAUUGGGCCCCACGCAAACUCCACCGAGCCCUUUCUUGGGAACUACGAAGGCUUCCCCUGCGGGAACACCACAAUCCUCGAAGCCCUCCAAAAGUACAACUCGUUAAGCACGGUUAGGUACCACCCGGGCUGCGAGUCUGUCAAUUGUACCUCGGAUAGAUUAAUUGAUGAAGCAGUGAGCGUAGCAAAAGAAGCCGACUAUGUUGUUAUGGUGAUGGGUUUGGAUCAAACGAUCGAGCGGGAAAAACUCGACAGGCUCGAGCUUGGCUUGCCAGGGAAUCAGGAAAAUUUUGUGAUUAGAGUUGCGAAGGUUGCGAAAAGGCCAUUGGUGCUGGUUUUGCUGUGUGGGGGCCCAGUUGAUGUUUCGUUUGCUAAAGAGAACCCUAAAAUUGGGGGCAUCUUGUGGGCGGGCUAUCCGGGAGAGGCCGGGGGAGUUGCCGUUGCACAGACUUUGUUCGGGGAUAACAAUCCAGGCGGGAAAUUACCGGUGACUUGGUACCCGAAAGAAUUUGUGAGAGUAGCAAUGACGGAUAUGAGAAUGCGGCCGGAACCAUCCACCUACUAUCCGGGCCGGACUUACAGAUUCUACACGGGCCCAAAAGUUUUUGAAUUCGGGCACGGACUAAGCUACACAGAGCACUCUUACGAAUUUGUCUCUGUUAAGCCACACAACAUUUCUGUAAAUAGAAAAUCAGGCCGUCAUGGGCAGGCCCGGUCCGCAACAGUUUCGGGCCUGGGAGCAGCCAAGGCAUGCAAGGAGAUGAAGUUGGAGGUGCAGGUGAAGGUCAAAAAUCGUGGGGAUAUGGAGAGUAAACAUGCGGUGUUGCUGUUUGUGCGGGAUAAUAAGGGGAGAAGGCUGGUCGGGUUUCAGAGUGUGAGUUUGAGGGAAGAGGAAAGUAAAGAGAUUGGUUUUGUGGUGAGGCCGUGUGAGCAUCUUAGCCGUGCGAACGAGGAUGGGGUGAUGGUGAUUGAGGAGGGUACAUUGAACUUGGAGGUGGGGGAUGAAGUCUAUACCGUUGAUGUUUUUUUUCCGAGUUUGAAAUUCUAAUACCUUCCCUAAAUUCUGCAAUUUUUCGUAAUAUUGUUCUUUUUUUCCCUUUUUUUUUUUAUCUGCUUUUAAUUCAGACAGAUGAGUUAUUAUUCAUAUGUUUUGUUUAGUUAUAAA